CAGAUAUUGAGAAAGUUUGACAGUCAGAAAAUGGGAGGUUAUGAUAUUAAUAUUGUUAAUUAAUUAAAUAUGUGAAGUGUUUACGAUAUCAAAUUUUGAUCAAAUUUAUAAGAUGUCAACUGUGGAAGUGGAACCGGGGGCGGCACCCGAAAGUGUUUUGGUUACAACUGAUUCUUGUGAAAAUUUCGAACAAAUGAGUUCAAGUUUGGAGGAGAUUAAAAAUUUAAAUGAAAUUUCACAAUAUCGAGAAGAGUCUAAUUUGGACACAACCAAUAAUGAAAAUUUUGAGGACACUAACAAUUUCAUUGAGGGUGGUAGUGAUGAAGAUGAUUUCAUGCACAACCAUGAGUGGUCAUCAAAGAAAAAACAAGUAUUUGUCCUUAGUUUAGCAGGAAAACCUAUAUAUUCGAGAUAUGGCAAUGAGGAUAAAUUAGCCUGGUUAUUUGGUGUAAUGCAAACUUUAGUCAGUUUUGUACAAUCCUCGAAUGAUGACUGCAUAAGAAGUAUUCAUGCAGGUGAUACCAACUUUGUAUUUUUAGUAAAGAAACCAUUAAUUUUGGUCACUGUAUCCAAAACCUUAGAAAGUACAAAUCAACUGAUUUCACAGUUAAAUUAUGUAUUUAAUCAAAUCACAAGUACUUUAACACUAACGAGGUUGCUAAAAAUUUAUGAACAAAGACAAAAUUAUGAUUUGAGAAGGCAACUUUCAGGGGCUGAGAGGUUUAUAGAUCAUCUCUUAAAUUUUACUGAAAGGGAACCGUCAUUCAUAUUGGGAGCAGUGCAAUGUCUUCCCUUAGCUGCAUCUGUAAGAGACACAAUAAGUUCUGCAAUAACUGGAGCUUGCAGCAAAAUUAAGAAUUUAGUAUUUGCAAUUCUUCUUGCAAAUAACAAAUUAAUAACUCUAGUUAGGAUGAAGAAAUAUUGCCUUCAUCCAGCUGAUUUGCACUUAAUUUUCAAUUUGGUACAAGCAUCUGAAAGUCUGAAGAAUUCUGAAAACUGGACUCCUCUUUGUCUGCCCAGAUUUGAUUCAAGUGGAUUCUUGUACUGUCAUGUUUCAUAUCUAUCUGAAGACUGUCAAGCCUGUUUAUUAUUACUAACUGUGGAAAGAGAUGUCUUUUAUACAUUAAGUCAAGCUAAACAAGCCAUUGUUGAAAAAUUAAGAAGAACUAGUUGUCUAGAAGCUAUCAAUAGUUCUUUGUCUUCAAAAGAAGAAACAUGUUUAACUGCAGGAUUCCCAGAACUCAGACAUUAUUUAUAUAAAUGUAAAUCUACAGCCCAAUUUUAUCAACCUAGUUUAAGUGCACCAUAUACAUUGGAAAAGGAGAGACUUCUAGAAUUAUAUAAAAGAGCACAUCAGCAUUUGCAUUGCAGUUCAAGACCUUUAAAGCUUGUAUUUGAGAAAAGUUCAAAUGAAGCUAUCCUGGCUUGGGAUACAAAAGGAUUUGAACUGUAUGUAAUAUUUGAGCCACUCAUCGAUACUACAAAUGCUAUUAAUUUAGUUGGUAAAUUAUUAAAUUGGAUAAAGAAGAGAGAAGAAAAACUAUUCCAUCUUAAUGCCCCAACAUUUUAAAAAUCUGUUUUAUACAUUAAUUGUUUGUAAAUAGUGAUCUAAAUUAUUAAUUUCUGUUAAUUUUAGUAUAUAUUAUAUAAGCUGUGAUAUUCACAAUCCUGAAUUGUUGUUGUAACAAUAUAUAAACGUCAAGUACAA